GCCCGCUCUCAGCUGCCAGCGCGGGCGCCACCCGAGACCGCGGGGCCCCGGUUCCGCCCCCUCAGAAAUGCCGGUCGAUUCCAACGAGCAGGAGCUUGGACGGCAGCCUGGUUUAAACACGGGGAGCCACCAUGUUGGUGAUACCCCCCGGACUGAGCGAGGAGGAGGAGGCUCUGCAGAAGAAAUUCAGCAAACUCAAGAAGAAGAAAAAGGCACUGCUGGCACUGAAGAAGCAAAGUAGCAGCAGCACAGCCAGCCAAGGUGGCGUCAAGCGCUCACUGUCGGAGCAGCCCGUGGUGGACACGGCCACAGCUACAGAGCAGGCAAAACAGCUGGUGAAGUCAGGAGCCAUCAGUGCCAUCAAGGCUGAGACCAAGAACUCAGGCUUCAAACGUUCUCCAACCCUAGAGGGCAAGCUAAAGGAUCCUGAGAAGGGGCCGGCCCCCACCUUCCAGCCCUUCCAGAGGAGCAUAUCCGCCGACGACAACCUGCAGGAGUCAUCCAGACGUCCCCAGAGGAAAUCUCUAUAUGAGAGCUUUGUGUCUUCUAGUGAUCGGCUCCGAGAGCUGGGGCCAGAUGGCGAAGAAGCUGAGGGCCCUGGGGCUGGUGAUGGUCCCCCUCGAAGCUUUGACUGGGGCUAUGAAGAGCGUGGUGGUGCCCGGUCUUCGGCCUCCCCUCCCCGCAGCCGCAGCCGGGACCGCAGCCAUGAGAGGACCCGUGACAGAGACCGGGAGCGGGAGCGAGACCGGGAUCGAGACAGAGACCGGGAACGGGACAGAGAUCGUGACCGGGAGAGGGACCGGGAUAGAGACCGGGACCGAGAGCGGGACCGCGACCGCGACCGCGACCGCGACCGCGACCGCGACCGCGACCGCGACCGCGACCGCGACCGCGAGGGGUCUUUCCGCAGGUCGGACUCCUUCCCGGAGCGCCGCGCCCCUCGGAAGGGAAACACGCUCUAUGUCUAUGGAGAGGAUAUGACGCCCACGCUGCUCCGCGGAGCCUUCUCUCCCUUCGGAAACAUCAUUGACCUCUCCAUGGACCCACCUAGAAACUGUGCCUUCGUCACCUAUGAGAAGAUGGAGUCGGCAGAUCAGGCCGUGGCUGAGCUCAACGGGGCCCAGGUGGAGUCCGUGCAGCUCAAAGUCAAUAUCGCCCGCAAGCAGCCCAUGCUGGACGCAGCCACUGGCAAGUCUGUGUGGGGCUCCCUUGCUGUCCAGAACAGCCCGAAGGGUUGCCACCGGGACAAGAGGACCCAGAUUGUCUACAGUGAUGAUGUCUACAAGGAAAACCUUGUGGAUGGCUUUUAGGGUGUGAAGCUGGAUUCCCCCCUUGCUGGCCUCAGUCUCAGUAAACACCAAGGUGGAAGCUCA